UUGCACAGGACCGCUCCGCGCGCCGGCCUGGGGUCCCGCCCCGCCCACCCCCCGGUGCGUGCUGGACCCUCUUAUUCUGGAAUCGGAACCUUUCCGAGCCGGUUGAGCUAAGCCGGAACAAGGCACCGUUACUGUGGCCUGGGUGGGUCUGUGCCUCGUCAGUCAGGAGCCGUUAAGCGGGAACCGCAGCAUGUGGUGUCAGCUGUUCCUGCAGCGCUGCAGGGCAGGUCUCCACCUUUUCCCCCACACCCAGAGAGGGGUCCGGGUCCGGAUCCAGGGACGGCACUUGGUCACCAUGAAGCUGGAGUCUCCGGAAUUCCAGUCUCUUUUCACCCCAGGGCUGAAGAGUAUCGCAGAAUUAUUUGAAAAGGAAAAGUAUGAAUUAAGAAUAGCUGGAGGUGCUGUCAGAGAUUUAUUAAAUGGAAUGAAACCACAAGAUGUGGACUUUGCCACUGUUGCUACACCUACUCAGAUGAAGGAAAUGUUCCAGUCUGCUGGUGUUCGUAUGAUCAAUAACAAAGGAGAAAAACAUGGAACCAUUACUGCCAGGCUUCAUGAACAGAACUUUGAAAUUACCACACUUAGAAUUGAUGUAGUCACUGAUGGACGACAUGCAGAGGUGGAAUUCACAACUGACUGGGAAAAAGAUGCUGAAAGAAGAGAUCUCACCAUCAACUCUAUGUUUUUAGGUUUGGAUGGCACGCUUUUUGAUUAUUUCAGAGGUUAUGAAGACUUAAAAAACAAGAGAGUCAGAUUUGUAGGACAUGCAACCCAGAGAAUACAAGAGGAUUAUUUACGAAUACUGAGAUAUUUCAGGUUUUAUGGAAGAGUAGCAGAAAAGCCUGGUGACCAUGAACCUAAUACUCUGGAAGCAAUUAAGAAAAAUGCCAAAGGUUUGGCUGGAAUAUCAGGAGAGAGGAUUUGGGUGGAACUGAAAAAAAUUCUUGUUGGAAACCACGUAAAUCAUUUGGUUCGACUUAUGUAUGAUCUCGAUGUUGCCCAUUAUAUAGGAUUACCUGUUAAUGGGAGUUUAGAGGAAUUUGACAAAGUCAGUAAAAAUGUUCAGAAUCUGUUUCCAAAACCAAUGACCGUUCUAACAUCACUGUUCAAGGUGCAGGAUGAUGUCAUAAAACUCGAUUUGAGGCUGAAAAUCUCAAAAGAAGAGAAGAACCUUGGCCUUUUUAUAAUGAAGCAUAGAAGAGACUUAGUCAAAGCUAUAGAUAGUCCAGAACCACUUAAACCAUAUCAAGACUUCAUUAUAGAUUCUAGGGAACCUGAUAUGAACUCCAGGAUCUGUGAGCUUCUAAAAUACCAAGGAGAAGAGCAUCUUCUAAAGGAAAUGCAAGAGUGGUCUGUCCCUUCUUUUCCUAUCAGUGGCCAUGAUUUAAGAAAAAUGGGAAUAUCUUCUGGAAAGGAAAUUGGAACAGUGUUACAGCAGUUAAGGGAUCAGUGGAAGAAGAGUGGUUACCAAAUGGAUAAAGAAGAACUCUUAACUUGUGUAAAGAAGGUGUAAAAUCUAAGAGUAGUAGGGUUUGAUGAUAAUUUAGUAAUACACAUAAUUGUAUUUACCUUGUUACAGGAAGAAUCAAAAUAUUUGUAAAUAUAAUGCUACUACCAGCCAAUAUUGCAUUUGAGUUCAAGACUUUUAGGCACAGAAUUGUUUCAUGUUCAAAAUUCAUACUGUGCUCUGAAUGCUGCAGUAACAUGCGGCUUUAUUUCUGCCAAUCUGACUGAAAACCCUACCUUUGUUUGUUAUGUUUAAAUGGUACCUAAUUAAUACUUGGGGUUUUGUUUUUUCUCUCUUGUGUUCCUAAUGGCAAGUAGAGGUGACACAAGGAUUUUUGAUACUCUGACUUAGCUAUAGACAAGGUGAAUGACUUCUGUGCUCCAGAUAAAAACCUCUAACACAUUAUUUUUUAUUUUUUGUAGUCAAAGCUGAGUAUCAGAUUGAAAGGUUCACUUCGGCAGUUCCCAAACAAAUGAUAUCCUAUCAUGUGAAACAACCCUGUUUUCCUAAAGGCUUUGGUUUUUAUCUUAAUUCCAAAAUCAAUUUUAGAUUAAAUGGAUCACUAGUCUAAAUCAAUAGCAUCAGUAUCUACUUGGAUAUAAGUACUUUUUAUGUCUUACGAUUUUUCAAUCAUUUAUUUCUCAUUUUACAAGUAUACAAAUUGUUGGAGCCCCUCUGCCCUUUUUCCUAAAAUAUGUUUUAAUUUUUGUACACGAAGUGAGGGAUAUUAAAGUGUAACACUAACCACUGACAACUAAAGCAGAUCCAGAGCAGCUAGUCCAGAUUUCUCCUCCCAGUGUCAGGUCAUCCCAUCCUGCCAUAGUAAAAGAGAGCCACCUCCUAUUUGCCUUUACCCUAGGCAAAGUGAACCUGAACUGUGUAUAUGCUUUGAAGUACUGACAUUCCAUUGAAAGAUGGGCAUGUAAAAAAUGUCUAGCAUUGGGGGGGGGAUAAGAAACUGACUGUAAAAAUAUAUUUAUUACUGUAAUACCCCCCACCUCUCAAAAUAACUGACUUAGGCCCUAGUUCCUGCCACCCUUACUUAUGUUUAGUGUCAUUCCAUGAAUAGUUGAAUUGAAAUCAAUGGGAUUCGUUCAGGAAAACAGACAAUGACUCGAACAUUAGAUGGCAGUAAAAUCCGAGCAACUUUACAGCAGAACAUGUAUUUGUGUUCUUUCAUGUGGCUAAUUAUUACUGGGGGUGUUGGAUUCCAGUUACUUACAUGCUCAAGACAUGAUACAUUGUUCUGUAGCAAUUUAGGGCCAAUGAUCUGAAACUGAGGGGAAAACAUAGAUCCUUGAGUACUGUAUUUUCAUAUUAAUAAGAGCAUGGUUGUAUUGUGUUAGUCUGAUAUGCUUAUCACAGCAUUCUACCUUUACAAUUUGUUAAAUAAAGUAUUUUUGUUUAAUUUUGCUGGGGGAAAACAUGGUACAGUUUAGCACUGAAGUAGGUCCUUCCCUCUAAGGAACUUAAAACACUUUACAGACUUGAAUUAAUCCUUAAAGCAGCCCUGUGAGGUAGCAACUUAGUGCGGCAGCUUUGAAAUUUCUCUUCUCAGGAUGAAACUCAGGGAGGGUUUGGUAUCUUUGACUUUUCUAUCCUUAAAGUCACACACUCAGCAGAUUGAGAAGCAAGUUGCUUUGAAAAUUGUGUGAUUAAAUACACUCACUUUGUUUAAUUGCAACCUGCUUAGUACCUCAGAUCAAAUACCCCAAUUAAAAUUCUUAUUAAAUUCAUGGUUCCUACCUCAGGUGCAUUGAAUGCUCAACAUUUGUUUCACAGAAUUUGGAAGAAAUUAAAUUAAAAGGUGAAACCGUGAGAUCAAUUUUCAUAUCUGUAAAUGACUAUGUAACAUUUUAAACAAAUUAUUCUGUUAAAUUCUACAAAACAUUAAAAGCUGCUGUUAAUAGCUCUA